UCGGUAAUGCAGUGUAAGAUGAUGGCUUCCUUUUUUUCGUGUUGCAAUCGUAAUUUGGUUUUUGUUAUUAAAUAAAUUAGUUUUUAUCAUAAAAUAGAAUUCCAACUUGAACUCAAUUAAUGUGAAAAACUAAACAGUAAAGUGUAUUUAAAACAGCAUCUUAUUCCCGCACUACUUUGAUCCUUUACAACAAAAUCAACACUAAAACGCAUUACACAAUUUUCUUUCAAGUUAAAAAAUAUUUAAACGAUUAACUAUUAGCAUGGUCCGCCGAUGUGUUAUCGAAGGUUGCGAGUCCAAAUCCUCGGUGCCUGAACACAAAGGUGUUACUUUUCAUUCCUUUCCCUUUGAUUCAAAAACAAGAGAAGUUUGGAUUGAAAAUUGUCACAUCCCCGCCGACAAAAAUAUUACCAAGAAUAUUUUGGUCUGCUCCCGCCACUUCCGUCGUGCCGACUUUCAGCCCAUCAAAAAUGGAAAGUUUUUACUCAAAAGUGGCUCCAUACCUACUGUAUUUUCUUGGAAAAAGAAUGAUUCCAGCUCCAGCAGUAUAGCCUCCGCUCCUGUCAGUCGAGUUAAUAGUGAAGUGGCCGAUGAAGCAGCAACAACUUCGACUGUUGAAGCCACUAUAGCAUCAAUAAUGGCGGAAACAGACAAACUUAACCGUGCUGCUGGUAUCUCAACCAAAGACUUCAAACGUAAAUCAUCGCGAUCCGACGAAUCUCCAAUGGCAAGUCCUCAACGUAUAGCUACUCCGGUGAAAAUUGAUGUGCCGCUUGUUUUCACUCCUGGAGUGCGUUUAGAAGUUCAAGAGAUAAAUGGCCAGUGGCACUCUGGUAAGGUCGUUGAAGUGGACAACGAUGAUCGUGAGGUUCUGAUAAAAUUCGAAAAAUCUGGUAAAUCUAAACGUGCCGAAUCCGAGGAGUGGAUUCCAAUGAACAGUCCGCGCUUAAGGCAAAAGGCAUCAGCCAAACCUCCACCACUUUUUGUUACUGAUGAGAAAUGCUUCGCUCGUUGGACUGGAUCACGCAAGUUUCCAGCAACUGUACAAAAGGUUCUUGGAGACGAUUUAUAUGAAGUUCUAUUCGAAGAUGGAUUCGUUAAGACGGUCAGAGGCAAUCAUAUGGGAAAAAUAAAAAGCGUGCCUGUGAAAGUGAGCACGCCUGCUCCUGUUGCCACUAAGAUCGCCAAAUCUCCAAAGUCCACUGCUAAACCUGAAAAAGCAGCUUUAGUAGAAGCAGCUGUUGCAAAUGCAGAGGGUAGUAGUACAAAGACCACAAAGCCGAAGAAGUCACCCCGGAAAGACUGGCCACUCAUUUCUAUGGAGACAUUAGAUUUACCUUCAUUGAAUCUACCAGAAGUUCCACAAGAUGGCGAAUGGACUUGCCACUGGGUUAACGAUCAACCUAUUGGUCGAGAAGGUUUUCUCCUUAUUGGAGAACAUAAAAAACCUACAGUUAUCGUUGAUGAUUGGCGACUUCCUCCAGACUGGGUCAAACAUAUGUAUCAACGUUCGAAUGUGCUCGGUAAAUGGGAUGUAAUUCUAGUUAAUCCAGCUGGCAAAAGAUUUCGUUCUAAAGCUGAUCUGAAACAAGCAUUAGAAGAUGCCGGUCAAGUGUAUAAUCCGGAUAUAUAUGACUUUAGUAUUCACAGAAGACGUGCAAAAGAUAUCAAUGCGUACGUUUACACUCCGGAUUAUAAACCACCACCUAAACCGGUGGCUGCUUCCUUAGCAAGUCCAACACCCAGCAGCACCGUCGAAAUUCCAAGAACUUCGGUAAUUGAAACUCCAAUUGCUACUCCUAUGCCUCCAAUGGAGCUGAUGACACCACCUCCAGCACCUAAACCAACUGAAGUUGUUUUGAAAGAAGAAGAAAUCAAACUGGAAUGCACAACACCAGAAAAGGUUCCUCUGCCAGAGCCUUUGGAAGAUGGAUUCGCAUACAUUGGGGGUCUUAAGGUGGAAAUCAUAGAUAAUCUUUUCCGUUGCCCUCAAACGGGGUGCUUUAAAAAUUUCAGAAAAGAAAAUCAUUUGCAAAUUCACGUCAAACACUAUCACCAAGAUUUAAUCAAACUUUUAGGUGAGUGUCCAAAUAUGCAAGAUCUAGCCCUAAAGAGAACUAUUGGACACCCUGAAGCAGAACCGCAGCCCAAGAAUCAAAUUCCCAAUCAGCAAUUUUUCGCCAAGAUGCAUCAGAUUGAUCUUCAGUCACGUUCCCAUCGUAAAUCAAGUGCGAACACUGCACUGACUUUGUCUGCAAUGACCUCACCAAUCCAUCAAACAGUAGCAGAUGAUAUUCCAUCAGCCCCAACAUCGGCUGACGAAUCAAUAAAUUUAAAUUCUACUCAAGCAAACUCAACUUUAGAUUCUUCGGUUUUAGGAUCAGAUGUCUCUUUAGUCACAGGCGAUACUAUUGUCAAAAUGGAAGAACCCGAUGCUGAAGUGUUACCGGUUGUUACACCUGUAAUUGAAACUGUCACGGCCCCAGAACCAGUUCCUGAUGUUCCGAUCUUGCCACCAGCACCGAAAAAGUCUAAAAUGUCAGUAAUUAAGUCAGUUGCUAAAUCAGUUAGCAAGAAAGUAUCUAAUCCUGGAGCGAGGAAGAGCAAUCGCCAGAGGACUACAAAGAAAUAUCUCACUUCAACUCCUGCUGCAGCUGUUGUUUCUCACCCUACACCACCAAUAUUGGCAUCUUCUUUUGAUUCUAGCUUUGGAGGAACUGAUUUUGAAGAUUCUCGCCAUUCGCUCAAUGGUACUCCAGAUAAGCCUGCAACUGUUCCAACAACAAUUCAAACAACUACAGCGAAGAAGCCAAAACCAACUCCAGUUGUAACAAAUGAGGCAAUAACCACCGUUGAAGGUAGCUUGAGUGGUCUUGUAGACUCUGUUGAAACACCACAGUAUAUCAAGGAGAACGGAGAGCUUAUCAAGAUUGUUCGAAUGAGGCAAGAAGAGAUUAUUAACUGUUUGUGCAAUUACGGCGAAGAGGAUGGCCUUAUGAUUCAAUGCGAACUCUGUCUUUGCUGGCAACAUGGAACAUGCAAUGGAAUAGAGAAAGAAAGCGAUGUUCCUGAUAAAUACGUUUGCGUCAUCUGUAGUAAUCCGCAAUGUGGCCGAGAGAGUCGUAAGUAUGUACACGAUCAGGAUUGGAUGUAUGAAGGAAAGCUGCCGGCGGCCAAUUACCAUGAGGAGAAUCCAAUGCAUCCUGAGCGUUUUGAAAUCCUUAAGAAAAGUCACACUCUCGCCGGGAAUCUAGUCGAGCUAAAAAGAUUCUUGCACAGCCUUCAGGUUAAGAUAAAUAUAGCAGGGAAUAAGGAUCAUCCAAAAAUGUAUCUUUGGGAGAAGCGCUGGGAUCCCAUACCCAAAGAUGUUGUCAAGGUAGAGAAUGAUACUAUUAAAUUAGAAGAUGGCGAUACCGAUAUGAAGGAUGUUAGUAAAAUUCAAGCAACCCCAAUUGAAGCUCAAGACAAAAUUAAAAUUGAACCCAAUAUUCCACAACCAGAGGCGCCUAUUGACCCCGUCGAGUGUCAACACCGUUUACUAGAGCACAUAAAAGUCCAACAAAACCUAGUUUUGAGUAGAUUAGAUGAUAUUGAAGCGCAAGUUAAUGAACUCGAAGCAGCAGAUAAUUUACCUGACAUGAAAUCUGCCGACAUAGAAGAAACAAAGGAUGUAUUAGCAACCUUUAUAAAAGAACUAGAGAUAAUGAAGUCCAUUGCAAAAAUAAAUGCGAUGGUGCACAAAAAAAAGCAGCAAAUGGUGCUGAAUUAGUUUUUUUU